AUGACAAAAAGCCAACUCUUGGCUAAAAUUAAUGAAUUAAUGAUAACAUUUGAAGAACAAAAACAAGAAAUAAAAGAAAAUCAUUCUAAAGAAAUUAGUCUUUACCGAAAAUUAAUCAACACAAAGACAAAUGAAAUUACAAAUUUAAUAUCUAUAAUUGAAAAUUAUAAAAAAGAAAUUGAAAGAAUCAAUGAAAUAAGAAGAAAAUAUGAAUAUAAAUACAAUAAAAGAUUAAAAGAAAAAGAUAAAAUCCUUAAACAUAAAAAAGAAAUCCAUAAACACGAAAAAGAAGAAAGAGAAAGAGUCUAUAAAUGUGAAACUGAUAUUUUAGGACAAACCAUCAAUCAUUUAGAACAAACUAUUAAUGACUUACAAAACCAACUUAGUGAAAAUGAACUUAAAAAAAUUGAAAAACAAGUAAAACAAUGUCUAACCUCGUUACAUGCCAAAUACGAUGAAAAUGCUACAUUGGAUCAAAAAAUGAAUGAACUUGUUGAACUAUAUAAAGAAUUUGGAACCGAAUUGCCAAAUUUUAGAAGCAAAAGACAACUUUUUCAAACAAAAAUGUUAAAAGUUAGAAGAAUCAAAGAAUUAACUUUUGAACAAAAGUUGGAUAAAUUGCUUCGUGAAUGUUUUAUGAGAAGGCAAGAAAGAAAAAAACAAGAGGGAAAAGAAACGAGAGAUUUUGAUCCAAAAUAUUCUGAUACUAACCUCGUAAAAAUGCAAAAAUGUUUAUUUCAUCUUGAUGUUGAUGGUGCUUACAAUAAUGAUAAUGAGAAAUAUAAUUUAGAAAAAAUUCUCGAAGAAUUUUUAAAUAGCUUAAAAGCGCUUAAAGAAGAAAAUGAAAAGUUAAAAAAACAAAUAAAAGACUAUAACGAUGAAAAAAAACCAUUAAAUGAUAAAAACACUGAACUUAUAAAAGAAGUUGAAGUGUUAAAACAGCAAAUAAAAGACCAUGAAAAAAAGGAAAAUGAAAAGUUAAAACAGCAAGUAAACGAUUGUAAUGAAGAGAAAAAAAUCUUACAAGACAAAAAUAAAAAUCUCGAAAAUAAAAAUAACAAUCUUAAAGAAGAAUUAAAAAAAUAUGAAUCUAAUCGAGAAAAACAAGACUCGAAAAAUAAAAAUACUGUGUUGAAACAAGAAUUAGAAAAAUGUGAUACAUUUUACACAAAUCUAGAUAAAAAAGUAAAUAUUAUACUAGAUAAUUUUAUUGUAAAAUACAAUAAAACUGAUGAUCUAGUAUCUAAAAUCGAUAAGAUCGAACUUCAAGAACUCAUUGAUAAAAUAAAAAAUGAAAAUAAACUCUUGUCAAAAGAAAAAGAAGAAUAUGAAAAAACAGAACUCGUUAAUCAACAGAUUAUUAAUAAAAAUAAACAUUUAAAAGAACAAGACUUUGAAAACAAAAUAUCGGAAAUACUAGUAGAUUUAGAUGGCACAACAAGAGUACUUGGAAGUUUUAUCAAUAAUAAUAACCUUGAAAAAUAUGAAAUACGCAUAAAUAAAAUGUUAGAUAAUUUUAAAAUAAGCUAUAACAAAACAGAUUCAUUAGAAACUAAAAUAGAUCUUAUC